GCACACAUUCGUGUACUGCACGACGGAUAUUUUGACAACCAGCUGGCGAGCGAGCAUAUUUUUUUGCAGAAAUCUCAGCAUUUUUCACGUCCGUUUUAGCAUAAAAAAUGAACGUGUAGGGCACAUUUUGUAGCUGUGAUAGUUAAUUGGACUCUUUGCGAAUCAUCUGUGCUUAAUUUCCCAAGGGUCGUGGUAGUGAAUUUAGGUGGAAAACAUGUCCGAAAGUGAGGCAUUAGUUGGGUCCGGGAGCAGCAAUGAUACUGCAGCAGCUCCAGCGGAGACUUCAGGGGCUCCGGUGGCAGCGGGGGGUGCACAACAGCAACAACAGCAGCAGCCUACUAGACUGGAAUCCUUUUUCGCAAUCACAAAAUCCUUGAUUAUCCGGGCUCUUGUGAUCUACUUCAUAUCCUCCUUCUUCCGGCGCCCAGCCCCAGUGGAUCCAAAUGCAAAGCCCGGAGCACCAGCAGCCCCACGUACAGCCGCGUGGAAUUACUUUGAGAAUGGGGCCAUGUUCGAUUUGUACGUGUACGUGUCGGAAGAUUACAAUUUUGCUGAUUUCCAUCGACCAGAAUUCCUGGUGUGGCAGCAAAUGGGGCUUGUUUACGGGGAUUGGGAGAGUGGACGAGAUAAGGAUGGUGUGUACACACACAGCACCCAAAUCCCCGCUUCGACGCAUGUCCAAAACAAUGGGAGCAUCUACAUUCAUGCCUAUGUCGUGAAAUCCGGACAGAGCCCAAAUCCACAUGAUACAGAUAACUAUGCUGGGCGCCACGUGGGCUACUCCCGGAGAAUGCUGAACAAAUUCAAGCGCAUCAAGCACUCAAAGACACACAAUCUCAUCACGGGGGAGACAACCAAUCCCCAAAGCAUGGAGGACAGCGAGGAGAGCGUAAUGGAGGAGAUUGUGUCGCAUUGGCAUCCAAAUCUCACGAUUAAUCUUGUAACGGAUCAAACAAAUUGGGCACGCGGCUCCGUUCCGGCGCCCUUUGAUGAGUACAUAACAUUCCUUCCGGGUGGCCACACGUACCUCCCGGUGCUCUUCUUCAAUGACUACUGGAACAUGAUGCGCGACUACCAGCCCCUCAAUAAGACCACCAAAGUGCUCGAUUUGCAUUUGACCUUCCAACCACUUUCGCUCUUCAAGUGGCAACUCUACGCCGCGCAGGCAAUGAAGAAUAAGUGGACAAGUGGAAUUUUCGGCGAUAUGCUGGCGUCGGAGGAGCAAGAUGAGGAUCAGGACUCCCUCAAGGAGGCACUCCUUGAUACGAGUCCAUUCAUUUUGGGUCUAACCGCUGCUGUGUCGAUCCUGCACAGUGUUUUUGAGAUUUUGGCAUUUAAGAAUGACAUCCAAUUCUGGAAUAAUCGCAAAUCCCUCGAAGGUCUCUCCGUGAGGAGUGUCUUCUUUGGGGUCUUUCAGUCGGUGAUUGUCUUGCUGUACGUCCUGGAUAACGAUACGAAUUUCAUGAUUCGCAUUAGUUGCUUCAUCGGAUUGGGAAUUGAGGUGUGGAAGAUCCAGAAAGUCGUCAACAUUCACAUAAAUCGCGAAGCUCUGAUUAUGGGCUUCCUGCCGCGUAUUACAUUCACGGAUAAGGGAUCAUAUGUGGAGUCUAGUACCAAGGAGUACGAUAAGCUGGCCUUCAAGUAUCUCGGCUGGCUCUGCUUCCCACUCCUCAUUGGCUACAGUGUGUACUCAUUGGUGUACAAUGAGCACAAAGGAUGGUACUCGUUUGUGCUGAACAUGCUCUACGGGUUCCUCCUCACGUUCGGCUUCAUCAUGAUGACGCCACAACUGUUCAUAAACUACAAACUCAAGUCCGUGGCUCAUCUGCCGUGGCGCAUGAUGACGUACAAAUUCCUCAACACCUUCAUCGAUGACAUCUUUGCAUUUGUCAUCAAGAUGCCAACGAUGUACCGUCUGGGAUGCUUCCGGGACGACAUUGUCUUCUUUGUGUUCCUCUACCAGCGCUGGAUCUACAAAGUAGAUGCCAAGCGAGUGAAUGAAUUUGGCUUCUCGGCCGAAAUGGAGCAAGAGGCCAAAAUGCGUCUUGUACCCGCCGCCGCCGCCGCCACAACUGGGGAUCAGCCACCAAAGCCCAUUGAGGAGAAGAAAAAGGACUAACUGAACGAUUUUAUUCACAAUUUAGAAUAGCUAAAUUCUCUGAAAAAAGGUAUAAAUUAAAUCCCUUUCUUUUCGUGUAUUAAAUGUGUGUCACGCUCUUGAGGAGGAAUGAUAAUAAAAUAGAAAAUUGUUGCAAAAUGAAAA